AUGAUCCUUCAAGAUGCGCUCAUUUCGUCGAAACCAUCGCCAUUCCUCUUGAUCGAACACGACCUGAGCUGCUCAGCUAUCCCACUGCUUCGGCAUGUCCUAUCCACAACACUGCAAGAAGAGGGGCCGAAAUCUAGGACUAUCGUACUAGCGACCUUUCUACACGCGCCUUCGACAUUCAUUCGGGAGGAUACGCUGGCCGUGGCAACAGGAAAACUAAUUGUGAAGGACUAUACCGACCAUUCGAGGUUCCCUGAUCAUGAUCAAUGCGGAGAUAUUAAAUAUAUAGAGGAGGAUUGGAUGAGGAUCCUACAAUCGAAAAACCACCCAAUAAUGUUUCAUGUGGACUCUAUGGAGAUGCUGGUGUUCCUAUACGGUGAGGUCGCCGCAUUGGCGCUUCUCCACAGCCUCGUCGACAGGCUCAAAGUGCAUUCAGGGUCAUCCCGACUAAUGCUCUGUACUUCGAGUUCCCCGACUCGAGCAGAUGCCUCAAGCUCACGGGUCAUUCCAAGCCUGAUGAGCACUUCGUUCUCAUCCUCGAUCACAUAUCUUCGGCUACACUCGCCGCAACUAUUUCGUCACAUAUCAAAGACUUUUCUCCUCAGUCCUCCCACGACGAUGGACCCUGACCCAAAGUUUUAUACCAUCUUCACACGAUUUACCCAUAGGGAGAGGAAAGAGGCAGAAAACCUCGUAUAUGGGAUAGAUUCAGCCUACGACUCGGAGAACGAAGUGGUCGUCGAGGUCAUCCGGCGCACGGGAGGGGGGAUGCGCAAAGGAGUCGAUCGAUCGCUCGAGGGUAUCACGAAUUGGAACGACUCGCGAAGUCAGCCACUCUUAGUAUGCAAACUCGGCGAACUCGAGAGUCUGCAAUCGUGUUUUGGAGGCCGAAAGGCUGCUGAGGAUAUAGACUCUACCUCCGCAAAGGCCUCACUCGACCCGACGCAAAAUCUCAGCUUCAAUUUGUCACUCACGGAAGAGCAGCAAACUGCGCGCGCCCAAGUCCCGCUUCCUUAUGCACAUACAGGUCAGCAUCACCCAUCUACGCCUUCUGCCUCCGGCCCAGCGACAGGAGGGAUUAUCUACUAUGAUCCAGACUCGGCAGACGACAUGGACGAUGAAGAUCCGGACGAGGACUUAGAUCUUUGA